UCGAGACUAUUUCCAGUUUUAUUCAUUUCUUUAAUUCUUAUUUUGUCAAGUGUGUUCGCUGGAAAAAUGUUAUCCCGGAAUCAAUUCGUGUAUACUAGAUCUUAGGUAUUGCUGUUCCACUAGCUCUCUCUAUUUUUAGAAUCUGACACUGUAUUAUUGACUUUCGGCCGUCAAAGCUCCACAAAAUCAUUGUCGUUUCAAACUAAAAUGCAAUCAGCCGGCCAAAACCACGGAAAAUUCUGAUCUGAACCACCACGGAGCACAAAUCUUCUCUCCAAUCUCGAACAGCAGACAUGUCUAGUUCAUCACCCUCAUCAACAAAAACACUUAGUAUUGGAAUCAUAGGAUUCGGAACAUUUGCACAGUUUCUAGCAAAAAGAAUGGUCAAUCAAGGACAUACUUUAUCAGCAACAUCUCGAUCUGAUUACUCAAAUCUUUCCUCUCAACUGGGUAUCAAAUUUUUCAGAGAGAUAGAUAAAUUCAUGGAUGAAGACCAUGAUGUGAUACUAAUAUGCACAUCAAUCGUAUCUCUGUCUGAAGUUUUGAAAUCGGUUCCGGUUCAUCGGUUGAAAAAACCAACACUAUUUUCAGAAGUUCUUUCGGUUAAAGAACACCCAAAAGAAGUAUUGUUAGAGUUGCUACCGGAGGAUUUUGAUGUGCUGUGUACACACCCAAUGUUUGGACCUGUUAGUGGGAAAAAUGGAUGGAAGGAUUUCCCAUUUGUUUACGAUAAAGUUCGGAUUAGAAAUGAAGAUGUCUGUUCUCGCUUCCUUGAGAUUUUCCAAAAUGAAGGUUGCAGAAUGGUGGAAAUGUCUUGUGAAGAACAUGAUAAAUUGGCUGCUAGAAGUCAAUUUCUUACUCAUACUGUGGCGAGGGUAUUGUCAGAGAUGGAGAUUGAGUCCACAUCCAUGGAUACAAAAGGGUUUCAGAACCUAGUUCAGUUGAAAGAGACCCUUGUGACGGACAGUUUCGACUUAUAUUCAGGAUUAUUUGUGCACAAUAGAUUUGCUAAACAAGAACUGAAGAACUUGGAGCUUGCAUUGGAGACGGUCAAACAGAAACUGCUUACAACAAUGGAUGACACCUUGUAGUGAAUCACUAUAACCAUUCAUCUCAUUUGUCUUAAAUUCCUGUUUGUUGUCCUCAUUUCCUUGUAGCAUAACCAAAAAAAUUUUCUGUACUUUUAUGUUAUUGUAACUGGCCAUGUAACACGACCGAUUCAUUGUCCUGCAUUUUAUGGGAUUACAUUGGAUCCUGAUACUGCAUCUUAAUAAGCUUAAUACAUCAAAAGGAAAAAGGCGUUCUGAUGUAGCCAUUAAGAAUGUGUACUAUUUUUACUCUUAAAUGAGACAAAGAUUUGGGGCAUUUAC